AUUGAUUUCCCCUGAACUAGGCGGCGUUCGCCUUAGCUAAGUCAAAUAGAAACGAACGAGAAAUAAUUUCUGUUGCCACCUGUUCACAAACGCCAGGCUGACUUGCGGGCAAUACCAAUCCAAGCAUGUGACAAUUUAAACGGUUACACAUUGACAUAACUUCUCAACAUGGUCCGACAACAGAACGUGUUUUGUGGACUGAUGGUUUUCAUCACGGGUUUCCUGGCCCAGUCUGUGGAUGAGCCUUGCGCAAACUAUAGGGACGUUAUCACCAACGGUGACAGAAGUCCGAGAUGCCCCUAUCAGAAGACAGAUGAAAAGUGUGAUGAGUUUCUCACGCCAUCAUGGUUUAGAAUUAAAGUCGGUGAAGAAGACGAAUUUCCAAAGAUGACGUCGCACUGUCCCGAAGCAAACAGCUGUGGUGCAAAUUACCCAAUCUGGCUGAACGGUACACAUCCGGCUGUCAAGGAUGGUAUUGCGAACAGGACGGUGUGUUUGAGAUACGGCGAGGACUGCUGUGAACAGAUGAGAUAUAUUCAGAUUAAGAACUGCACGAACUUCUUUGUGUACUUCUUAAAUAAGGCUGCAGCUUGUGCAGGUCGAUACUGCUUUGAUUCGGAUGCUGCAUGCCCCACUCCUCCCCCGACAUCAACAUCCUCUCCAACGACAUCAACAACCUCUCCAACGACAUCAACAACUGUCAACUCCACCGCCACUGUGUCAACGUUGUUGCAGAGUCGCGUGCUAACAUAUGUCCUUUCUGUGCACGCUAUCCUCAUAUUCUAAUAGAAACUGGAAAACACAAUGACUUUUCAAACCUGGCCUGUGAUCAUGUAAACUUGUGUUGGGACAAUGAACAAUAUCAGAUUGAGGUUGAAUAGAUAUAUAUAUAUAUGACUCCAUAAUUGCGCUUAGUUCGAUGAAACACUUUGAAACGGAUACGUGACGCUUCCAUGAUUAUCGUACAUUUACAAGAAGAUAAGCAAUACGAAAUAUAUUAACUCAAAUAAAAUCAAUGCUUAAGACGAAUCGAUUUUAUAUCUAAAUGUAUGGUUAGCUUGGUUCAAUAAAUAUUUGCUUCGCUUAA